GUACUUUCAUCCCAGUUCGUCUCUCGCCAUCGAAUUGCCGCUUCACCGUGCGGAGGCAAGGAUCGGGAAUCCGCCGGUGUCAGAGUCCCUCGCCUAUCAUACCCCAGCAUCUCUGUUGUAACGACCAAAGGCUUGAAGGCGCUCGAGUCGCCCCGCGGCACUCGCACCGGCGGAUCCUCUCGCUCCUCGUUUAUUCUUCCUUUAUUCCGCAGCCACCGUCCGAUAAUUCCUCUGUUUCCUUGCCUUUCAUCUCCACAACAUGGUCUCGCUUAGCUUUUCAUCCGCCAAGAGCUCCAAGUCCAAUCUCAGCUCCGCGUCUCAAACCAGCCUCAACCACGUCCCGCAAUCGCCUUUAUCAUCGUCCUCGAGCCUCGCGUCAUCGUCCAAGCUAUCGCUCGACCAGGCGGAUGAGGAGAAUAUCACCAUAACCGCCGGGCCGCCGCUGUCGAAGAAGAUGGAGGGAAAGCAGAAGAGUCAAGAUGACAACGAGCUCCGGACACUUGCCAUAUCCACGAACAUGACGGAAAUGUCGUACUCCAUAUCCGACAUUCAGACGAGGAUCUUUGAAAUUCAGGAGCUGCGCCACAAGUCACAGUCCUCGGGAGAUACAGCAGGAACGACGAGCGUCAUCGACCAGUCCCUCAUGAGCCUCGACGAACGUCUGGAAGCACUCGCCCAGGGCAUGAAGGCCAUCAACGAAUCUGUGGAACCCCUCACACACCUCACCCCCACGGCCGACCAAGAUGGCGAGAACAGCGAGCUGGCGGCGCUGCUACGCAAGCACGCUGCCCUCGUGGCCGAAUGGGAAGCCGUGCAAGAUGAAAGCGAAGUGCUUAGGGAGGAGCUCAAGGAGGACAAAUGGCUCACCGUCUUCCGGACCGUCACUGAUCAGGCGGACGGUAUGAUGUCGAGUUUGGAGAAGGCCGUCAAUCGAUGUCAGGAAUUCAUAUGGCAAGUGCACAAAUUUGGAGUCGAUGAUCCGUUGUCGCGGUCAACAGUCUCGCUCGACGCAAGUGUUCGGAGUGACAAGGCGCCGGUUAUCAAUAUGGAUGUCUUCACGCAGCUACAAGAAUCUUUUGAGGCAAAGAAGAAGCACUACAUGCCGGCGACGUCCAAGGUCCUAUCAAUCAUCGACAAGGGCGUUCGCGACCGCGUCACGAAGAAUGGCGAGACAUUGCGACGACAUGCAGAGUCUGCACAACGAUGGAAGAACUUGCGCGAACGCAUCCAAAGAACGGACUCUGAAAUGGAGUCCGUGCGCAAGAUACUUACGGGCGAAGGAACGGAAAGCGAAGGCGGCUCUAGCGCAUCGGGUGCGUCGCGGAACGGAUACCUCGGGACGCCGCCAAGUCGAAACAAGGCUCCUAUAUCCCGGUCCAUCUCCCCGCUGCGCAAGUUCGCGAAGAAGAUUACGGGCUCGCAACGCUCUCCAAAUACCCCCGUCACGCCGCUGAACAUCAAGAGCACGCGCGUGCCGUCUUCGGAACCGAUGAGCAAGCGCAAGUCUCUGUUCAAUGCGCUGCGGCCUAGCCAGCCGACUACGCCCGUCACCCCUGACCGGCCGGGGCAUAAGCAUACGCAGAGCCUAACGCCAGAGUCCUCGCCUAAUCGCCAUGCGAGGGACCUCUCGGCCAGAGACAUCACGACCGUCAAGGCUCGGCAGACCCCGCAGAAGGAGAAGGGCCCCGCGAAGAUACCAUGGAACAGCUCCACGAAGGUCGAAACCCCGUCGUCCACAAUCAAGCAAUCUCCAGCGAGGAGAACACCUUCGGCGGCGGGCUACUAUGCAGAUAUCCCGAUACCCCCCAUUCCUCCCAUUGGUCCCGGCACGCCGUACAGACGAAGUUUAUCGCGGACUUCGAUGGCGUCGUCGAGGCCGUGGUCUCCUCUUACUUCCUCUACGACGACGCAGUCGUCGAAUCCCCAGAGUCCGGGUAAAUCGCAUGUUUUCAGGCCUCCUUCGAGGGCGAAGACGCCGAGUCAGACACCUUCGCGGAUUACUACGCAGACACCGCGACCAAGGCCAAAGACCCCAAGUCAGAUACCGAAGCCCGCUGCGAACCGUUCGCCGGGUGGCACGUCUGACUGGGGAGACGACGACUAUGUUUCGCUGAAGAACCGGUCGUAUUCUCCGGCGUUCUCUAUGUCCGCGACCAGUGGCGUUUCUGCCGGUGGUCUAUCUUCGUACCCACCGCGGCCUCCGAGUCGCUCCAUGAUCCCCAUUCCGAGCGUGCAGCUCUCCACUCCCUCAAGACCUGGGUCCGCGAUGUCGCGCCCGGGUACGUCGAUGUCUGCAUACGGCGACAGCCCGAGCGGCGGUUCGACUUUCCGCACGUCUGCCAUGCGCGCGCAGACCCCGGAGAACCUCUUGCGCUCGCGCGCGCAGCAGGUGCCCGUGUACCAGGGCUCUGUCCGUGCGGGCCGCCCCUCGCUGGGCAACCUCCCACCCUCCAGCUUCCGCCGCGACGCGUCAACGGCUCGCGCGCCCUCGCGCCCGGGCUCGCGACAGGGCGCCAACACGCCCGGCGCGGACCAGCUGCCGAUGCACGAGUACGUGCCGACGAGCACGAAGGACCCGCUGGACCUCGAGGUCGCGAACAUCGUGAACUCGAUCGCGCACGGGCUGCUGGUGGAGCGCGUGGAUCCGCCGCUGAAGAAGGCGCCGAAGGAGGGGGAGGAGAUCAAGGCGCAGUACGCGUUCUCGAAUGCGCUGGGGCGGAAGGUCGUGACGUGCCGCUUGACGACGCUGGUGCGACCGGGGAAGGUGUCGGGCCCGACAACGACGAAGAAGGUGAUGGUGCGCGUGGGGGGAGGCUGGCAGGAUCUGAAUCUGUACAUGUUGAAUCGCCAGGCGGGCAUGUAAGCGCUUCACCCCUAUUGCCGAGGGAGCUUUACGUGGGUGGGCGCCGCGUCGUGAAGGGCCCCCUCGUGCGCGAACGACUCGCCAUACCGGAGGACUCGUUGUGUUUGGACUACUAUAGUACGUACGAGGGUGCUCGCGCCGAGGAGGCCCUGCGUAUCGCUUGCGAAGGAAGAGGAGACCUUUGGGACGAUUGGACCGCCCCUGCCGACGAUGGUCGUCUACCUCAAUGCGGGGUAUCGUCCGCUCAUGGGAAGUUUACUUGACCCUCUCUCUCAGUUGUAUUUUGCACCCCAUGUCCGCUCAUUAUCGUGCUUUCGUACGUAUGGAUCCCCUUCAUCAUGGAUACAGUACUAUGCAGUAAUCUAGGCAGUCUGUUCGUCUUGAUCGAUUAUCAUCGGGUCAAUGGGUCGGUG